UCGAAACAACUCAACAUUCAUCACACUAUAAUAUCAUUAAUUUACUUUCUACUUCUACUACUCUUUCUUUCCCUUCUUCCCGACCAUUUCUUUUGUCUUACUGCAUGUUUAUUUUCUCAAGUGAACAAAACAUUAUGCUGUCUUUCUAUCAUUCCCAAUAAUUCAAUGGUAAAUAAUGCGUACAACUAUUGAGCCCCGUUUAAUGUCCUUCCUUAAUAACAAUAACGACUCGCCUGAAUCCCUCCCAAACUCUCCAUCAUUAGGACUCCCUACAUUGCAUGAUCGAAAUAUCCUACAGACAACCCCCCGGUUACUUCUUUUGGAACGCAAUACUGGCACACGAUCCGGUGGAUCAUCAUCACAAGCAUCGCAGCAUUCGUCAUCCGUUACUUCAAUUGACGAUAAUGAGACCAAUUAUCGGGACGCUGAAGAGGUUUUGAGGAUAGGAAAUGUGAGCUCAGGAAACGAAAUUGGUGCCAUGGAGCGGACUUUGGGUGCUUCCUCUCCACAAUCUUUGCGAAAGAUUCUAGAUGACAAUAAUGGCAACAAUAAUGGCAACACAAGGACCGCAAACCCCAAGAAGCAACAACGGAGAGAGAAUGGAAACGAUGAUUUUGUUCAACUGCCCCGGCCGCACAAGAAACAAAGGUCAAACAAACAAGUGGUACCGCCUAUUAUCAUUGGCUUGCAUGAACCGCCCCCGCAGGCUGCCUUAUUUCCUCCGAUCGCAUCGAGUUCAUUUCAUGAUAGCCACGGGAGAAAUAGCUUGAAUGCUUUGGCUCCAAAGGCUACAGGAACGCAAGAGGAUUUUAAGACGGACGAUGGAAUUACAGAAGCGAUCGAAGAGACAUUGGUACAGAACGGAAAUAAAAAGAAGAGGAGGAAGAGCGUCAAGGCGAGGAACAAGUGGUCCGAGGACGAGACGAACAAUUUGCUACUCGGUGUGCAUAAAUAUGGAGUGGGAAAAUGGAUGGAGAUCUUAGAAGAUCCCAGUUUCGCAUUUAACAAUAGAUCAGGAGUGGAUUUGAAGGAUCGAUUUAGAACUUGUUGUCCAGAUGAGUUGAGAGGAGAAAGCCACAAAUCAAGGAGCCGCAAGACCGGAUCAAAGUCAAAUAAUAUAGCCGACCAGUCAAGAACAGAAAUGGUAACUUUGGACUCUCCGCCUGAUAGUAAUCUACCUGGACAAGAUCAAGAGGCCGAUGGUACUGUACCAGACUCCGCCUUUCCUCCUUUGUUGAGGCCCUCGCGAAAGCGCCGAAACCAUCGGAAAAGACUCACAGAUCUUCAAAAGCUAGGGAUUCAAGGGCCGUUCAAACAGUCAGAGCGGAGAGAAAGACGUCCUUUUUCCAACCAGGAAGAUCUUGAAAUUGAAGAAGGCUAUCGUCUUUAUGGGCCUGCUUGGACACGGAUGCAGAGAGAUCCUCAGUUCAAUCUUCAGAGCCGACAACCUAUUGAUCUUAGAGAUCGUUUUCGGAACAUACAUCCCGACCUGUUUCGAAUCGAGGAGGACGACGAUGAUCGGAUAGCGUCUCAAAGCAAACCUGCUCAGAUUGAUGACUUUUCUUAUGCAUCUAAUAAUACUACUACAAUCGAUCCAGCCACAUUUAGUUUGAAUAAUGAGAUAUCGAAGGUACAGUCACCAUCUCACCUAAUGACAUCCUUGAAAUAAUCUUCCAUUAAUAACAAAACAGCAUACCAUGGAGCCUACGGAUAGCUUAGCAUUCUCGCAGUCUUUUGACUGGACAGAUAAUAUUGCUGCUCCCCCGUUCCCUAACAUUGGCGAGAUGGAUAUUUCUCGAUUACUGGAACACCACUCAUGGACCCCAUGAUCAGUUAACAGACGCCAUCCAACGCACUGAAGAGAUAAUUGCGAGACCUUACCAUAAUGUUUGAUUUACUAUCUACUGAAGCAAUCCCACAAAACAUCACCCACCCCAUAUUCAUACGCUUCUGGAUUAGAUAGCUGCCGAACGACGGAAGUUGUCUCAUAAUUCUUUAUUAUAUUGUUAGUCGUGCGACUUUUCACACGAUAGGUAGGGCAGUGUUACAGUCAUAUUUCUCUCAUUUAAAUCUUUAUUUGUUAAUAAUAAAUAUUAGCUUUUGUAAUAUAUUAUAAUGA